GUAUCAUUUUUUUUUAAAUAAGUAUAAGCAGACACCAGACAAAAAUACACAAAAGUUCACAGGUGGUCAGAAUUAAUGAAGCGGUUGACGGACACCACGAGAUACGUAACGCUCUUCCCUUUAUGACGUCAUCAGGAAGACCGCAGAUGGAAAGAUGGCUGCGUUUCGCUGUCGGCGAGACCCGUGCGGAUUUAUUUGUCUCAUUUUAACUUAUUUCAGCGUCUUUUACGCCGACUAUGUUGUGAUUCAGUAUGUCUUGAUCCCCGCGUAUUCUGAAAGUGUAUGGUGCACUCUCCAUGGAUCUGUGUUUAAUAUUAUUCUAUUACUAUUGCUGGCUUGCCAUUCAAAAGCAGUGUUCUCUGAUCCUGGUAUGGUUCCUCUACCUGAGACAGCCAUUGAUUUCUCUGACUUGAGGUCCCAGUCCAGUCGUCUAAAUGACAGAGGCUGUGAGGGCUGGACAGUGUGCAGUCGCUGUGAGACGUAUCGGCCUCCUCGUGCCCAUCACUGCAGAGUGUGUCAGCGCUGCAUCAGGAGAAUGGACCAUCACUGCCCGUGGAUCAAUAACUGUGUUGGAGAGCUCAAUCAAAAAUACUUCAUUCAGUUCCUCUUCUACACAGGCAUGGCCAGCUUGUAUUCCAUGGCGCUGGUGGUGUCAGCAUGGGUGUGGAGAAUAAGGAGUGAAAGAGAGAGAGAUGGAGAUGAAGAAGAAGAAGAAGCUCCUAGCAAACAUCUCAUUGUGGCACAUUAUAUCAUUCUGCUGGUGGAGUCAAUACUUUUUGGAGUUUUUGUCUUGGUGAUAUUUUAUGAUCAGCUGGUGUCCAUUAUAACAGAUGAGACGCCCAUUGAACAGAUGAGGAACAGGUUAAUGAAAGACAAACCCAACAACACCCACCCAACACAUAUUACACACACAAGAAAGCCAAAAAUUGCAUUGCUGAGGGAGGUUUUUGGACGUGGUUCUAUAAUAUGUUGGUUGUUCCCGCUCCAUUCCUCCCCUCCUUCUGUUGGCGGCAUCAGUUAUUCAGCACUUCCUGAUUACAAUGUGUAACACUAACCAGUUUUCCAUCAGUCCAUUUGAACGUUUCAUCAGUAUCGCAUCGUGUUUAGAACACUGGAUAUUACGUUACUAAGGUGCAAAUUUCAGCUAUGAUGAUUAAUGAAGGAAAAGUGCUGCUGUGUGAGUGUUUUUGUAUACUGACUUCUGCUUACCGCUUCUCACACAAUCUUGUAACUAGGGCUGGGUAUCGUUCUAACAUUAUCAAUACCGAUACCUUGACUCCGAUACGCGAUUACGACAGUAUAAGAUUUGUAUGUGAUUUUCAUUAGAUUCUGCCUAUUUUUAUAACAAUACAGUGUGUUUACAUGAAAACUGCUAAGCAGGUGAGGCAAUUAGCUUGAUUUAAAAGGCUACAAAUAAAAUAUUUCUGCCACAUCAUAUGACCAAAACCCUCAUUAGAUCACAAUCGGAAGUUAUUAAAAACACUCGAUGGUGGUUUAAAUUGAGUUUUGAGUAAAAGCAUAGUAUACAUUUUAUAAAUUGUCUUAUGUGGCAUGAUGCUACAUUGUGCACGAAUGGUCAAAUAAAUGUGUUUUCCUUGAUGCCUCGCUAGAGCCAAUCACUGAUUUAGGCACAUAAAGCAUGCUGCAUGCUUUUUUCCUCAAUGACUUAGAUGAGAUUAACCCUUAGGAAUCGAAAAUGACAAGACACCCAGCCCUACUUAUAACAAUACUCUGUUACAAGAUACUUCUGAGUAUGGGACACCAUAUUUGGCCACACGUCACGUCACUUUACAAGAUACUUCUACAAACCGGAAUCUUUUUCCUUUCUCUGUUAAUCUAAAGGAUUCUCUUCAUACAGCUAGCUCAGGACAUUUUGGAUUUUUAAAUUCAACGUUAACUCUGAGUAUUAGUGGAUUUUCUCUCAGAAGUAUCUUGUAUGAAAUUGUUAAAGCAGUAUCUUAACCUGUAACCAGUAUACAUUUUGUUACUUAACCCCUGAUUGGCACACACAGUGAUGUGAGCACACACUCACAAGGUCAGCUGUGUUGACUUUAUUUCAGGUAAAUGCAAAGGGACACAUUCAUUGUUUUCAUUGUGUGUGUUUGAGUACAUGGACUGUAUUUUACAUAAGGAUUGUAAAUACGUAUUUUAUCAUUUUAAUUUCUGACAAAAGUAUUGCAUUUUCAGGGUACUGGACUACUUUUGUUGAAGUCUAUUGUUUUUGUUUUGUUUGAAAUGUUAAUGUUUUUGCCGUUUUAUGGAUGGCUUGAGGGAUUUGUGUACAUAACAGAUUAACAUGUAUACUGAUAAUGUUUACAUUGAUAUUUAUUGUAAUUUAUCUGGGUUUAUUUUUUAUUUUUUGGUCUAAAUGCUGCUCUGACUUAUGUGAAGUAAAAUACAUCUUUUCAUAAUCGGGCUUUUUCGCUUGAAAAUUAAAAGUUUGAGUGGAAAUAAACCAGUAGUGUUAAAUAUA